GCUGGAGUGAAGCCGUGCAGUUCACAGCGCGAGUGGACAAGUGGAGACAAUCGGAUGAAACACGGAUUCGAUAGUAGGAAAUAACUGUCUAUAGAACUAAAGGAUACAAUUGAAACGUUUCACAUGGGGAGUUAUAGAACAAAAUGACGUGUAUGCGUUACACUAUGUUACUGUUCUCAGUUUUGGAGUUAUUGUUGUUUGGAUACACCGCUGGUUUGUCGCGUACUGUAGGUCGCCUGAGCGAUGAGAACGCGUCUCCAGGCGCGAGACUACCGCGUGCUGUGUUGGAUGAGACGUUGGAGGCGACCACCAUCCCAAACCACUUACAAGAGGACGACAGGGACUCCAGGUUUUCACCUUUCACCUCCACAAUGACCAUCACAACCAGGGAUUUCAAAACCACUGGCAAAACUAACCAACUACAGCCCUUCUGGCUGACCACCACGGCAUCGUUUCUUACCAAAACAAUGAACCCAACCCCCAAAGGCAGUCAAGUCAAAGAAAACUCCACAACACUAAACAUUACAGUAAAACCCUCUUCUUCCUCUCCAAUUACUGGCACAGAAAACACAACCCCACCUGAACUGGAUACUGCAAAGAGUUCAUGGACAGUGAAAAGCACCUCAAAGCCUCUUGUCGUGACCACUGAGAAAGGACCUCAGUGCAACUGUAGUGCUGAGGGUUCAGAGGACCCGAAUACCUGCGACUCUGUCACAGGUCAGUGUGUGUGUAUACCUGGAUACACAGGUCAACUUUGUGAUGAAUGUGAGAAUGGGUAUUUCACCAACGGUACUAGCGGCUGCCAGGCCUGUGACUGUGACUCCUAUGGAGCCGUAAGCCGACUCUGCAAUAGUUCAGGCUUGUGCAUCUGCAAGAUGGGAGUGCAUGGGGACAAGUGUGACGACUGCCGCCCAGGCUUCUCGUACUUCAGCAGCACGGGGUGCCAACCUUGCCAAUGCAAUAAUCAUAGCAGCUACUGCCACCCACAGUCAGGCAUCUGUGUGAACUGCCAAGGCAACACCGAAGGACCCAGUUGUGAGAACUGCAGGUAUAAUUUCUACAGAAGGCCCAGGUUUCCCGUCACAGACCCCUGCAUCCCCUGCCCCUGCUCCAGCGUCACCUCCACAGGCAGCUGUAAGCUGGACUCAAACGGCCAGCCAUUCUGUAUCCAGUGCAAGCCGGAGUACCAGGGUCCCAACUGUGAGCAGUGUAGUGAUGGCUUCUACAACGCCGACAGCAUCUGCCUUCCCUGUAACUGCAGCGGGAACGGAGACCCCCGCUUGUCCCCUCGGGUCUGUCACCCGGACACGGGCCACUGCCUGAGCUGCAUCAACAACACAACGGGCCCGCACUGCGAGCGCUGCGCAGAGGGCUUCACGGGAGACGCGCUCACCAGGAACUGCACUCGUACAGUCAUCCACACUACUCCUUCAACCACUCCCCACUGGUUUCACUACACCACCAUGACCUCCAGCCCUAAUGCUACAGCACAAUUCACCACCUCCUCCAGCAGCCUGCUGAGCAGCCUGGGUAGCUCCACCCCCAACACCACCACCACCACCACAGUGACUCCACUCCCAUGGAACCAGUUCAACAUCAUCAUCCUGGCCGUCAUCAUCAUAGUUGUGCUAGCUCUCCUGGCGGUGGUGGGUGGCGUGUACACUUACAGGGAAUACCAGAACCGCAAGCUGAACGCCCCGUUCUGGACCAUCGAGCUGAAGGAGGACAACAUUAGCUUCAGCAGCUAUCACGACAGCAUUCCGAAUGCAGAUGUAUCAGGGCUUUUAGAGGAUGAAGUUAGUGACGUGGGCAACGGACAGCUUGCUUUAACCGGUCCUGGUAGUUUGUAUAAGGUGUAACAGAUCUUACUGUUUUUACGCAGAAACUGGACUGCUACACCAGCGCUGGAUUGACACUGGCCAGGUUGUGGACCUAUGGAUAUGUGGACCCCCAAAUUAUAU